AUGAGACCAUACAUUGCUCUCAUCGUCGUUUUGGCUUCAAUUGCAAUUGCCACUGCCCUCCCUCUCAAGGGUUCGGAAGAAAGCAAAGAAUUCGAAAUCCUUGUCAAGUCAUCGGAGUCCCCAUCCCCUCUUUCCAUACCACUAUCACCAUCGUCGCCCAAAACCGUCUCGGUGAAAUACACUGUAUCGGAUAAAAUUCAGUUGGCUUUCUGGAUCAUAUUUCUCAUAGUUGUGUUCAUUCAUCAGUACCAGCAAAACAGGGUUGCUACCAGAGAAGCAGAACAAGCAUGGAAAGAAAUGCAAGAAGCUCUCCGAGAAGAUCACAUAAAAACCAAAUCAGAAGGAUCACAACUCAACCAUGAUAUUUAA